AUGAACUCCGCCGAGCCUGAGCAGACGCCCUUUGAGGCCGUGUCUGCGCAAACUUCGAAGCUGCAAAGAGUGCGUCUAGAUGGGAUCCCGAGAGUGUUGAGGGAGAAGGUCGCGGAGAGGCGGCGUGGCCCUGCUGCGAAGCGACGCUGCGCGGAGCGACUGGCGACUGCUCGCAGGCUCAGAUACCAGGCCCUGCUGGACCAGUCAACACCCUAUGUGACAUAUCGCUGGAUCGGCACCGGGUCGUUCCUGUUCCUCUUCUUCCUGCGCAUUCUCAUUGCGCAGGGCUGGUACAUUGUCGCGUACGGUCUCGGCAUCUACCUGCUCAACCUGUUCCUUGCGUUCCUGACGCCCAAGUUCGACCCGUCCAACGAGGCCCUCGACAACGAGAUGGAGGAUGGCACGGCUAGCACCCUGCCCACCAAGCAGGACGAGGAGUUCCGGCCCUUUAUCCGCCGCCUGCCCGAGUUCAAGUUCUGGCACUCGGCCACGCGCGCCAUUGGCAUCUCCUUUGUGUGCAGCUGGUUCAGCAUCUUUGACGUGCCCGUCUUCUGGCCCGUCCUGGUCAUGUACUGGGUCAUCCUGUUUGUCCUCACGAUGCGGAAACAGAUCCAGCACAUGAUCAAGUACCGCUACGUGCCCUUCUCCUUCGGCAAGGCCCGCUACGGCGGCAAGAACAACUCGUAA